GGUAGAAAGUUUGACGUAUACACUUUGGCUGGUCGCGAUCAUAGAUUGUCGAUGGAAUUGAUUGUCGUCGGCCGUCGUCGUCGACGAGUUGAAUGUCGACCGCGAGCCAACAUAUCGUCGUAGAUCACAAACUUUAGAUCUUACUAAAAAGAAUACGGUCGGGAAGAUAACGUGACAUUCGUGUGGCUGUGUUGUCAUGAGGCAGUGAACUCGAGUGCGUGCGAACUUGAUCAGUUAAAAUGUUCAGGAGUAAAAUACGGAUACAUACAUGCCGGAUAAUAUUGCUCACUUCACUAGUAUGGCUGCUGGUAGAUGUAGCGCUCCUCGCCAUGUACUCCGACUGCUUCGGUGAUGGUUGGGACUGCAGCAAAAAGGCGGGCAGUGACAAUGUUAUUCAGGUAAAAGAAGAGUUCAGAGGCAAGAAGGCAGCUAUAGCAGCAGCAUUACAAGGAAACCAGAUUGAUGAUGAUGAUACCAACUUGGAAAUGAAUGAAGUGGAACAGGACAUAGGAGAAGAUGGCAUCAUAUUGUCUCCCUACCCAAGGUCUAGGCUAAAGAGGUGGGAAAAAGCACCAUUUGUGAAACCAGCAGGAGAAUUACCUGGAGAAAUGGGUAAGGCGGUAAAUAUUCCGAUAGAACAAGAGAAGCUGAUGAUGGACAAAUUUCAAGAGAACCAGUUCAAUUUACUAGCCAGUGACAUGAUCUCCAUCAACAGGUCUUUGACUGACGUCAGAUUUGAAAAAUGCAGAGACAAACCUUACCCACAAUUACUGCCCACGACGAGUGUGGUGAUAGUAUUCCACAACGAAGCCUGGACGACGCUUAUUCGUACUAUAUGGAGCACGAUCAACCGGUCUCCGCGGCCCCUGCUCAAGGAGAUUAUCCUCGUCGAUGACGCCAGCGAAAAGGAGCACCUCGGCAAGAAGCUAGAAGACUACAUAAAGACGCUCCCGGUGCCGACGCAUUUGUUCCGCACGGAGAACAGGUCUGGUCUCAUCCGCGCGCGUCUUCUCGGCGCUAAGCACGUGAAGGGUGACGUCAUCACGUUCCUCGAUGCGCAUUGCGAAUGUACAGAGGGAUGGCUGGAGCCGUUGCUGGCGCGGAUCGUUGAAGACCGGACGACUGUGGUCUGCCCCAUCAUAGACGUCAUUUCCGACACCACCUUCGAGUACAUACAGGCAUCGGAUAUGACGUGGGGUGGCUUCAAUUGGAAGCUCAACUUUAGGUGGUAUCGAGUUCCGGAGCGCGAGAUGGCUCGUCGCGGUGGAGAUCGCACGGCCCCUCUCCGCACUCCCACAAUGGCGGGUGGUCUGUUCGCUAUCGACAAGGAGUACUUCUACCAGAUCGGCUCCUACGACCAAGGCAUGGACAUCUGGGGUGGCGAGAAUCUCGAAAUGAGCUUCAGGGUGUGGAUGUGCGGCGGGCGGCUGGAGAUCGCGCCGUGCUCGCACGUGGGCCACGUGUUCCGCAAGACGACGCCCUACUCGUUCCCGGGCGGCACGGGCCGCGUCGUCAACCAUAACAACGCGCGCCUCGCCGAGGUCUGGCUCGACGAUUGGAAGCAUUUCUACUACAAUAUUAACCCGGGAGCGCUGAACGUGCCGGUGGGAGACGUGAGCGAGCGCCGGGCGCUGCGCGAGCGACUCAAGUGCAAGAGCUUCCGGUGGUACCUCGAGAACAUCUACCCGGAGAGCCAGAUGCCGCUAGAUUAUUACUAUCUUGGAGAGAUUCGAAAUAGUGAGACUUCCAACUGUUUGGACACGCUCGGCGGCAAGGCGGGACAACCGCUCGGCAUGGGAUACUGCCACGGAAUGGGCGGGAACCAGUACAGAAAAUCAAAGAAGGCUAAGAAACGAAAGUAUCGAGAAAUAGCGCUCACACAAGUAUUUGCGUAUACGAAACGUAAGCAGAUAAUGUCUGACGACAACUGUCUAGACGCGGCGAACCCGCGCGGGCCUAUCAAGCUUAUUCGCUGUCACGGCAUGCGGGGCAACCAGGAGUGGACUUAUGACGCUAAGACGCGAACAAUAAAGCACACGAACACAGGCAUGUGCCUGGACAAGCCGGAGGCGGGCGACGUGUGGAAGCCAGUGCUACGGCCCUGCAGUCGCUCGCGCGGGCAGCAGUGGCUCAUGCAGGUCGACUUCAAGUGGCAGGCAAGGCGGGCGGCAAGGGACCUGCCCAGCUAGUGUCCGCACCAUGCAGGAAUGACAACGAUUGACCAUACCAGUCUUCCCCUCUCGUUAGAUAUCAGAUUUUAUUCCUUAUUCCUAUAUCUGAAAUUGAAUAUCUAUUAGAAUUAACGUACCCACAGUGGUCCUGAGAACUGUUGACAAUACACGAUGAUCGCUGUUAUAUGUUGUAUUCCCUGUAAACGUUGCUCAAUUUAGUAUUGCGUCGGAUGUGUUAGAGUGUGCUUUAUUUGAAAUUGUUUCUUGUUUGAAUAGGCGUAUGUAAUUGCGAGAUAUUUAUUAAAAAUAUAUUAUAUAGUUAUGAAUCACUAUAUUUUGUUGCUUGUCGAAAGCUAGAGUAUUCUAUAGUGAUGCGUUGUAUCGCCUUAUCGCGACUGGUGGUCGAGGCCACGAACGAGCCAUUAGUAAACUUUGCUUAUUUAAAUUUAACUAAAAUUACUGUUAAAUAAUGCGAACGCGCAGUAACUCUGGUGUCCGCAGAAUACUCCAUUCCAUGACCAGUUAAUUCUAGGUAAUUUUAUUCGAGUAGUUAAUGUUUGUCUCUAUGUAUACAAUUUGCUCUUGAUCGUUGAACAUUUUAUUAUAAUUUUUCAAGUGUUUCCAGAUUCAUUCUGUCACUUCUCAAGUCUGAUAGCAUUUACAAUUGUUCUAACAUAUACUCUAUUUUCUAAAUGUGUACAUUAACUUCUAAUAAGUACAUUUCCUAUAACAAUUAGAUCACAACACGUUACUGUCUCGUUGUCUUCUAGUAUUCGUUUAGAAUGUUUUAUGCUCGCGGUGCUAUUGUACGCCACUACGAUAGGUUACCUUCGCUUGUCGUCAUGUAUCGGUUAGUAAAGCUAGAGGCACUCCCGUGUCACCCCAUCAAGGUACUUCCUUCCAGUUGCAACCAAUCUUCCGAUAUAUUAAGUUUUAAAUAGUUUCUUUUAACAUAGUAUCUAUGUGUAACAAACUGUUAGGUUCACUGCGGCCAUUGACUGCUGAGAUUUCCAUACAUUAAUGUCCAUUAGAUUGAGUCGACGUGUGUUGUGUUUCGAGAGUUAUCAGAUUGUUGCGAGCACCGCACACUGUUGUGUUAUGCAUACUAUUUCAAGUGUGAGAUUAUUAUAUGUGUAGCUAAGGGAACUGUUUCACUCGCUACUUGUUACAUCUACAAAUUCAUCCAUUUUAUAACAUUGUAGGUGCAACAAGAGCUCUAUAUUUUUAAAAGCGACUGUUGCCUUAAUUAUUUUUAUGAUGUUUCAAAUCAUGGCGUUAUUGAUAGAAGAUAAUAAAGUAAUGAUAAUAUUUUAGUGUAUGUAUGUCAUAUUAUAAAGGCUUGACGGAAUUGCCUUUAUUAUGAUUUUCUCAUAUUAGUAUUUUACGUUAUAGCUUAGUGGAUGUUUUAGCAGAUUUCAUUCCCGUAUUGUUUAUGAUUAUAUAGUUUAUUGUAAUAUAUCUGGCCCUAACAACGAAAAAUAUUAAUUAGGCGACAAUAUUUAUAUUCAUUUAGUCAUAAAUAAGUGACAUAAUUUAUUUCGGUUUGUAAAAUUUGAAUGAUUAGAACACAAAGGGCCGAGACUAUUCCUCUCGACGCCGAAUUAUUUAUGUACAUGAAUUUGGAUGUAUUUAAAUUGGUUAGUGAAUUGAGUUAUAUCGCUUUGUACUACUUAUUUAUUUCAUUAAUUAAUAAACGUAAGAUCAUAUCACUAUGUAAAAUAAAAUAAAUGUAAAUUUAUGAUAGUAGUAGAAAAUUUGCAAGUUUAUUUAUUUACCUAAAUUGUAUACAGUACAUCACAGUCUAUAGUUGUAUAAAUAUACAGUAAAAUUAAACGAUAAAUAUAGAUUUUCGAGGAUUUCUGUUUCACCCGACACUGUUUUGUAUAUUGUUUAACGUUUUAACUUGAGGGUCACGCCGGGUCAGGCGCCGCAGAGUCAUGCCCACGAUAUUGUAAUUAUAUUUGUACAUAAGUUGUUACGUCAAGAUUCGUCCUUAUAAUACACCACAAUGACGAUGUGUUCAUCGCGCAAGCAUUUAUUUGUCUAAGGUUUGAAUCUCAAGAUAUUGAUGGAUUAAUAACCAUAAGUGCCAAAUUAAUCAUCAAUGACUGUGUUUUAACAUACAUUCACCAUUCCAAUAAACAAAACAAAUCUAUAUUGUGACUAUGACAAUUGAAAUAAAUUAUUUGGACUGAA